AUGGACAAUGAAUAUGAUGACAGCAACCGAGCCUUUUUGCAGGCUUUCAUGGGUCGCUCGUCUAUGACCUUCGAGGAAGCUCAGCCCAUACUAGCUGCAAUUAUCUCCGCACGCGAAAACCGAGAGGUUGACGUGGGAGAUAUCACCGAAGAACACUUCACAUCGUACGUCGGCGCCGCCAACACCGCUAUUUCUCAAUUCGACCUUGAGAUCAGAAGUUCUUUACGCCAAACAUCAAAACAAAACGAUGAAGAGAAUACAGAUAACUCGCCAACAAGGGUGUACGCUCUUGUAAAUACUACCAGUGACUCUCUAACGCAACUCGCGACAUCCUACUCCGCAGACGAGAUUGCCUUUUUGAAGCGCGUCCUUGAUUGCAUGUUCGAGAAAAAUAACACCCGUAUUUGUGAAGGAAUGGUCAUUACACCCAUGGAAGCUGUCAAUCUCCGCACAGCGACUGAAGCCAAUCGACGACGAUCAACGAUUGGCGAGACUCAGCCAGCACAAGACGGGGCAGCGAACAAUUUGAGUCUAACGCAAGCUGAAACCAUGAUGAAUCAGCUCGUUGAAGAAGGGUGGUUUGAAAAGAGUGAAAAAAGCUACUUCAGUUUGAGUCCUCGGGGACUAAUGGAAUUACGUGGAUGGUUGGUUGCGGAAUACAAUGAUGAUGAGUCGGACGGACGAAGAGCGGAUCGUAUCAAGUUCUGCGCUGCCUGCAAGGAUAUAAUUACUGUGGGACAACGAUGUGGCGACCGCGAGUGCCCAGGCCGACUCCAUGAUCAUUGCAUGCACAACUUCUUUCGUAUUCACCGGGCUGAAAAGUGUCCAGUAUGCAAGAAAGACUGGCCUGGGGACAAAUAUGUUGGCGAGAGAGCCGUGAGAGCCAUGAAUCGAAACAGGGCUAGCGAUGCUCGACAGUCUAUUCGUUCACCUGCGGUGGUACGUGGAUAUGAUGGAAAUGAGGAUGAAGAAGGAGGUAGUGGCGAAGACGCAGGCGCCGACGAAGAGGGUUGA